UAGGAUUGUGUGUCCAUAGUUUUCAAUUCCCCUGACAGGAGGAAAAAAAAGCAAACCAAAAAUACCUGGCACACCAUUUCAUGGCUUUCAUCAGCUUGUUUAUGAUAUUAUGCUAUUGUAACAAAUAUAUUCCUAAUUUACUAAUAUUUUAAAAUGGAAAUUCAGUAAGGUUAUUGCUGAGAGCACACAAGGUGCCAUAAGUAGUCAAAAGAUAGAAGGAAAGGUCUAAAAAGAGGAUGUGGAAAAAGCAUCAAUUUAACUCUAUCGGGAGUUGGAUUUGAGGGAAAGACUUGCAAAAGUAAAAAUAAUUGAGCAUAUUUUGGACUUGCAAAGGAACAAAGGGUACUGCAGGUGUUGAGAUGAAAAUAAUGGUUUUGAGAGUGUUUUUUAUAUUAUUUUUGUGCAUGUCCAAUGGAAAAGGGAGUCUGAAAGUCAUAAGAUGAAGAACAAUUACCAUCUUUAAGGCCUAAGAGAAUCAAGUAAAACAGAUAAAUUGAGUAGUGAUAUCUUUUUCUGACGUUCUCUGUGUUUAUAAUUUUUAGAUGUCAAGAUUCAAAUACAUUUCAUAAUGUGUUGUCUGCACAGUAUCUUUCUGAAGUCUUUCUGCAGCCAGUAGAAUGAACUAAUACUCUAAAGUGUCUGUGUCCUUUAAACUGUAAGCCACUGCCAUAUUACAGUAUCCUGAACCCUUCUCCAUCCCCUGGAGAAAUCCCACUUUGACAGCCUCUGGGGGGAAGUGAUGGUAUGUGCCAGCUGCCUUUCUAAUACUAUUCGGCGCUGCCAAGUGGCUCGUGUAACAACAGCACUACCUACUUUUCAGCGAGGUCAUUAAUUUGAGCCUUCCUUUUCUGCAUGAGUGCCACCUUUCCGAGAAGGUGUAUGGGUUUAGUUCUCUCUAACUUUGUUACUCCUAUUUCAAAUUUCCUCAUGAGUUCAAAAGUUAUCAGGGAUGGACUCAUAGGCUAAGUUAAAAAUACAGAAAAUGGUUGCAUUCUGAAAUGAGGAUACAGUUCUUGUAUGGGUGUUUCAUGAGGUAUUUGGUGCUUACCAGAGAGUACCCAUCCUAGAACUGUGGAGAGCAACUGUGGAGGAUGUAGAGUUCAGUGUAACGUGCUGUACUGUGCUCAGCAGGAGUAAGGAGGAGGUGCGAGCUCAUGCUUCAUUUCUGCAAAGUGCUGUUUGCCACACAACCAAAGGAGGCAGUGAGCUUUGGCAGCCAUGUUAGGUAAGGGCAGCAAGAUGCCACUGAGGUGGCCAUCCUUCUUCCGGGCGGGAAGUCCGUAAGGUUUUUAUGAUAGCCAUGAUAGCUGAGGGCAGAAACAGCCCUCUCUAUAGCCAUCUUGGAUAAGGGAAAUGGAAGGGAGGUGACUGUCACGUUUGUCCCCUAAAGAGCUGGUAUCUAUUUCAGAGUGGUGAAAUGCAGCAGAGAUAGUUUAUGUGAAUACCUGCUAAACAUCUAGAUUUGGGUUGAGUGUGUCAAAGUGAAGGACAGAUUCUUUGUCUUAAUGACUUAAGGAAAAAAUCAUGUAUUUUGCUGAAGGAAGCCCAGAAGCCUGUUAUGGAUUGCAAGUUAACUGUAAAUGACUAGAGAAGAAAAACAGCGUCAUUACAGGCAACUCGGUGCCAAAUUUCUGAGUAUUGUACAAUGAUGACCUAAAAGGCUACCAGAAUAUUAAUAUACCUCAGAUUAAGAUUGUCAGUGGAGAGGUGUAGUGAACCAGUUGCUUAGUGGGAGAUGCUGACUCGAGAGGUUGUUGCAUUUGGAAUGAAUGAGGCAUGCUGUAUAGCAAAAGUUCAGUUGCUAGUAUAAAAAUUAAGAUGCAAACUGAUAAGGAAAACAGGUAAGGAAUGAACAGGUAAGGAGAAAGUUGGUGCUGCAGUUUUCUACUGAGUUUUCAUCCCUGAAACUCAUUCAUCAGUAAUUUACUAAGUAAGUUUUGCAUUGGUUUUCCAUAAUACAACAAAUUGUAUGUAUAAUUGCACAUUUUUAAGCCACACCAAAUUUUAAAAUAUGACAAUCUAUUAAAGGCAUUUACUGCUACAUAGAGCAAUGUGGAAACAUAUAGCAAAGUUUGAACUGUUAUUUACACCCUAAUGUAUCCUUUGCAAAACAAACUUGUCUUGGAAAUACCUUUUGAAACAUUCAGAAUCAAGCGGAACUGUCAAAAAGUAAGGAACCAUUUCAGAGCAAUAGGUUUCUUUUCCUACACCUAUAGAUGUGUCAAUUUGAGUGUUAACACUAUAAAAAAGCAGCUCACAGCAAUGACUUUGUGUCCACUCAAGGGCUGGGGGGAGGACUGGCUGCCCCACGUGUCGGACUAGCUCAGACCAGUUUAUUGAUCGUCAUCAUUUAUUAUCACCAUUUGGUGAUCUAUAUUUGUGUUUGAAACGCAGUGACUGAAAAUGGAAUCACCUGUUUCUUAAGUAGGAAAAAUGGUCUCACAAAGUAAGUUAAACAAGGAGUGGCAAGAUGAUUGUGACAUUGUGAUGAUUCUACAAUGUGUUGAAAUAUUUGGGUCGCAAUUCUUGAUAAAAUUCACGCUAUUCUGUGCCUGCAUGGUAGUGCUGGGCAGUCACAGGAGUAAAUGAUGUAGCUGCAGUGUAUGUCAAGACAGCAACAAUUCCACUUGAAUUUUUGGAUACCUGUUUGGUUUAGGAGCUGCUGAAUACAUACACAUGCUACAAAUGGUUUCUCAAGCAGCGUGUUUCUGUCCAUGUUGGUGUAUCACAAGAAGUAAAUGGACCAAGACUGUGUCCUCAGAAUUGCUGGAAAAUAACAUCAGGUAUUCGGUAAUAGAUUAUUUGCUGGUUUAAUGAUAGCAUUGGAAAAGAGCCAAAUUACCCUGGAUUAAUAAAGACAAAUAACAUGAAGACUGUAAUACACCGAAGAACUGAUUUCCACUUCAGGUUUAACUAUGAACUUUGUUACACAGUGUUUGAACCAGUGCAUGUUAAUCACUUCAUAAAAGAUUCCGUGCAGAUACAGCCAUUGGUAUGUAUGUGCCUGACCACUCCAAUGGCAAUGAUCACUGAUUAUAAACUCACCAACCCCCUCCUUAAAACUCAUCAGGACUUUACUCCUCACUACUCUUGUUGGAAAACUUCAUUCAAAACCUUAUUACUCCAGUGACUAGAAAAAUUAUUUUAAUUAUCAGCUGAUUUAUUGAAGGGUGAUUAUGCUUUUUUAAUUGUAGCACUAUCCUUGCUCUUUAGUUUCAGGCUUAUUUUCUGUUCCUGAUCUUUUAACUCUGACUAUGUAAAGAACAAUUGCAUUAUCUUUCAGCAUUAAAGAAUAAGCAAUUCAGCUGUUUUGAUCAUCUCUUGUUAGUAGAUUCUCCAUUUAUCUCAUUUUCCUUCAGACCCUUCCCUGCUCCUAUUUCUAGUUUGCUUUAAGCUUAUUAAAAGAGAUUUGUACCCAGUAUACAAAUGAGUAUCUUAUGAGUGACAUAACAAACUAUUAUAUUAAUGUAAUAUACAUAGUGAGCAUAUGUUGAACAUGCUAUUUAAUUUACAUUACAUUAAAUACAUACUUAUGUUUAUGCAAUUAUAAAAAAUAUAGGUAUACUCUAUAUAUCCUAUCUAUAUAUAUCAUUGUAUAGUAUGUUGAGAAUAUAUUUAUAUGGUAUAUAAAUAAGUAUAAUGUAACUUGCAUACUAUUAAUGCAGUAUUAUGCUAAUGUAUAACUAAUUUUGCAUGCAAUGUUUCUUCAUUUCUGGUGAAAUCAGGUGAGUUGUGUAUCUGGCAUUUUCACUGCUUUAUCAUUUUAGUAGAACAUGUAACCAGCUCUUAGUUGCUUUUCUAUUCGUACAAAGUUGACUUUUUGAAAUGUUUGAUGUUUUCUGUAGCUAUUUGAAAAAUAAGAAGUUUUAAAAGUAAGUAUGACAUUUCUGGGUUUUGUUUGUUUGCUUUAAAUAAAGUUAGUUAUUAGACCAGAUCUGAUGUUCAAAUACAAAUGAAGUACUGCUUUAAACUGAAAUCUCAAGGUGGGGGGUGGAGAAGGGAGGGUGAGAUGGGCAGAUGUUUAUCCAGUUCUUUGGUGUUCCUCAAUGAAUGUGAGCAGCCUGCACACACUUCUGUUGGCCCUCCCUACCAAAGCCGAUGGACACUGGCCAACAGCAGCCAGCACAGCAUUUGUUGCUACCUGAUAGAGGACAUCCUGCUGAGAGAGGCAGAUGGAGCAGUAGAGAUAACAGCUGUCGGAGAAAGAUAGAGGGUGAAAGAAAGCAAGAUGGGUUCAAAUGCUGAACAGUUUCGGAUCUUUAGAAUCCAGCUGCCCCACAGAGGCCUAUACUCAUUUUUAUUCCAGCAAUGGACAUCACAGCGUCACAGGGCAUGCUUUUUCUGGAAAAUGCUCUUGUCCAAACCCUGAUGAAUAUUUCUAUGAACAGACUGCUGGUUUUUUGCAAAAUCGGAGUUCAUAGAGCCUUGUACGGGCAAAUUCCAUAUGCAGUGCCCUACUAUUUCAUGAGACUCUUAACCAUCUGUAGCACAGCAUACUCAGGUAAUAGAUUCCUAACUUUGAAGUUUGUAUUUUGUCCUGCACUGAUGUGCUCCUGGAAGGAGAAAGCAGUCUCCAUUGUUCUAAACAUUGCAAUACCUAAAAUACAUGCAUAAUUUUUUUACUCUUUUCUUAAGCAGCUGACAUCCUUUCUCAACUGAAGAUCAUCGUAUUGUACCAAAACAAAGAUGUAUUUGGAAUGGCUAGAUGAAAAUCCUCCUGAACGGAUGUUUCCACCGUAGUUGGGAGUAUCUCCAGGUAAUAUAUCCUCCACAUUCAAAACUCACAGAUAAAGAGAAAACCAAUAUUUGCUAUUUGUCUUUUCCAGAUUCUAAUUCAGGUUGUCUUGGGGACACACAGUUUUGUUUUAGAUUUCGACGGUCUCCUGGAAGGAAAGUCUCAUUCUGUUGUUUUCUGGACCAAUUGGAUAGAGAUCUACCAGUUUACUUAAAGAAAGAUCCAGCUUAUUACUAUGGCUAUGUUUAUUUCAGACAAGUUCGAGACAAAUCAUUAAAAAGAGGCUAUUUCCAGAAGUCGCUGGUCCUCAUCAGCAAGCUGCCUUACGUCCAUCUCUUCCGCACCAUGCUUAAGCAAAUAGCUCCAGAGUACUUUGAAAAAAGUGAAGCUUUCCUGGAAGCAGUUUGUAGUGAUGUUGAUCGUUGGCCACCACCAAUUCCAGGGAAAAUACUGCAUUUGCCUGUUAUGGGUAUUAUAAUGAAGUUGCGAAUUCCAACAUACCGUGACAAGCCUGGAACAACGCCGGUAGUGCAGAACAUGCACCAGGCAGAUGCUCAGAUCUCCAUGGCUUUACCAACUGUUCAUGAAGUAGAUCUUUUCAGGUGUUUCUGUCCAGUGUUCUUUCACAUCCAGAUGCUUUGGGAACUAGUACUGCUGGGAGAACCACUUGUUGUGAUGGCACCAUCCCCAUCAGAGUCUUCAGAAACCGUGUUGGCACUUGUUAGUUGUAUUUCACCAUUAAAGUACUGCAGUGAUUUCAGGCCGUACUUCACCAUCCAUGACAGUGAAUUCAAAGAAUAUACAACUCGCACACAAGCCCCACCAUCUGUCAUUCUAGGGGUGACAAAUCCUUUUUUUGCUAAAACGCUUCAGCACUGGCCUCACAUUAUCCGAAUUGGAGAUCUUAAACUUCCAGGUGAAGUUCCAAAGCAGGUGAAAGUGAAAAAACUGAAGAACCUAAAAACUUUGGACUCCAAACCUGGUGUUUAUACCUCUUACAAGCCAUACUUGAACAAAGAUGAAGAAAUUGUUAAACAGUUACAAAAGGGAGUACAACAGAAACGUCCUACGGAAGCACAGAGUGUGAUUCUUCGGCGCUAUUUUUUGGAAUUGACAGAAAGUUUCAUUAUUCCAUUAGAACGUUAUGUGGCAAGUCUAAUGCCUUUGCAAAAAUGCAUAUCACCAUGGAAGAGUCCACCACAGCUGAGGCAGUUUAGCCAAGAUGACUUCAUGAAGACACUGGAAAAAGCAGGACCACAGCUCACAUCAGGUUUAAAAGGGGACUGGAUAGGACUUUACAGGCAUUUUUUGAAAUCACCAAACUUCGACGGUUGGUUUAGGAGCCGGCAGAAAGAAAUGACACAGAAGUUGGAGGCCCUUCAUUUAGAAGCCCUCUGUAAUGAGAACUUGGUUUUCUGGAGUCAGAAGCAUACUGAAGUAGAAACGGUGGAUCUUGUCUUAAAGUUAAAGAAUAAACUGUUGCAGGCUGACAGAGAACAUCUUCCUGUGAAAACUGACACACUGAAAAAGCUGCAAACACACAUCAAUGACAUUAUACUGGCACUUCCAGAUGACUUACAGGACAUCUUGCUCAAAACUGGCACAACAUGAUUUCUACUAGACUCUUUUGUGCAGAAAACAGAAGGCAAAUGUAGUUCCACAGAAGACAGUGGCUUACCAAGUUGGGAACACAGCUCUAAAUAGUAUAUUAACACUACAAGUGGACUGUUCUAAUCGUAUAGCCCACUAUACUAUUUUCACUGGUUUUUCCACUUAAAUACCAAUGCAACUAAAAGAAUUCCUGUGUCUAAUAAUGUCUGAAAUAAGUGCUCUUAAAGAAAAAUCUGUGGGCAUAUGAAACCCUACCACAGUCUAGGACCACAGUGCAGUGCUGGCAUUGCAGUAUGUUUUCCAAUUGGUGCUGCUAUACCCAAUCCUGGUAACUCAGGGGUAAGCAAUAUUGAUCCUGUACUGUCCUGUUGAUGUAGUAUCUGAUUACUUUUUUUUUCUUCUUUUAGUUUUCGUCUAGUGAUAAGUCCAACUGACAUGGACUUAUCACCAUGUGUCUUGGUCAAAAUACAUUAUAAUUGAGGUAUUUUACUAGUAAAUCAUUGCUCUCCAAACUGUUUCAGGGACAUGUGAAAUAAUCAGAUCCGUUCUUAACAUUCUUCCUUCCUCCUUCUUAACCAUCUUUCCAAAAACAUUAAUUUAGCAUCUUUCAAGAAGAGAAGGCAGCUGACAUUUCCUGAAGAGAAUUCUCUUCCAUUCACAGUCAUUUAUAGAGUGCUCUUACAUGCCUUAAAUAUAAAGUAAUUGUAAACUAAUUGGUGGUUUUAAACUGCUGACAUCCAGGAUUUAAAGUGGAUCACUAGUGUAAAUGUAAGCAUGCAGUAUUCAUCACAGGAAAUAAACCCAGUGGUGUUCUAGUAUGGAUUGUAAAAUCAGUGAUUUCAGUAGAGGUAGCUGAUACAAAAUCUGUUUCAGUUGGAGAUCACAGCUGUCAGCUCCUGUUAUUCCUUUAUUUUUUUAUUUACUUAGGGUGUUUGAGGAGGUAAUGGGGCUGGAGGGAGGAGGUGCUGGCUUCAGCUGAAAAGAGCCUAUGGAAAGGUCAAACUGUGGCAUGAAAAGUUUGUAGCAUGGAAUUGUCAGUAUAUGCAUAUAGCAGACAUGCAUAAAGGAUAUUGUCCUCUUGAGUAUUAAGCAACAAGAAUGUGAUGUUCCUCUUCUUGAACAAGUUUCAGUAGUAUAUGAGAACUCAGCUGCUCCACAUGCAGUGUUGUACUUUGACCAGUUUCAAGAAGAAUCAAGUUAAUGCUGUGUACACAUAGCAUACGCUUUAUAUGACAAGUGGAUCACAGUUACACAAAAACCAAACAACUCAGCUUUUAAGUGCUUGGAUAGAAUUUUUAAAAGCUUAUGACAUAAUCCUGCUAUAAAAAUAUGCUUUUGUAUGAUAAAUAUUUCAUACCAUCUUUCUAAAAAUAUCUUAUUUAGAUAUAAAGUGUCACAACGGUAUUUUUAUGAAAAUGAUGUAUUUUAAUACUGUUAUGGUUUGUAUACAAUUACUCAUGACCAAAAGUUUAAUGUUUCUAUUAUUUUACUUCAACUACACCACUUCAGCAUUAAUUUCUAACUUGCGGAUUUUUUUUUGCACACCCUGAUAAAUAGCAUUUCUAAUCCAUAAAUCAGCUAAGUGGCCAUUCUUAUACUAAAUUAUCUUAAAUAUUUAACCUGGAGCACUGUGUAGUUUCUUGGAACCAUGUGAACUGGUAACUAUGGUAACUAUCACAUGACUGCAAAUAUGUAUUUUUGUAAAAGAAAAUAAAGGGUUUGAUUUUUAUGUUUUU